ACAUAAUCAAAUGAGCAUGCAAAUAUCCAAUAUAUCGAACGACACUAUUAUUCCUAUUGACGAAUUUCAGAUUGACUAUAGUGAGUUAAUACAAGAUGAUGCACAAGACCAUAUAAAUGAAGCAGAAGAAUACAAUCACACAGGCACAUCUCUUCUGAGGAUAUCACUACCUCCAAACACGUCACAUCAUAACCAAGUCACGAAUGAAUUGUUUCAAGUUACCAAUAGAGAAAGCUGGAAUUCAACACUAAGAUCCAGAGAAGGUAUCAAUAACUUCUUGUUUGGCUCUUCGGCAUUGAAGAAUGACAAAGUAAAAAAGAUGAUGCAAAACAUCAGCAGUGAAAAGGAAAAACAAUUAGAAGACAACGACUAUGAAUUGGAUGAUGUGGUUAGGGUGGGGUUCUAUCGAGGGAAUAUCAGACGACAAUUCAAUGUCGAUAAUAACGAAAAAAUAGAUAAACAUAUGGAUAACUAUUUAGGUCCUUCUAAACAAAUGAAUCAAGAAAAUAAAGAAAAUCAAUAUCCUGAACCACUCAAAGCAAAACGAGGAUUUAGUAUAACCAAACCUUUAUCCAAUAGAAAUUCUUCCAUCCCAAUCCUCAAACCAAUACACCAAAAUGCCAAAACCCAAAAACUUGAAUCAUUUCUUCGAAACAGCUUACUAAAAUCUCCAAAAAGAAUAUGUUCUCCCAGUCACCGAAUAAUUGCACAACCGGGAAAGUCUGUGCUUAGACGGAAUGGACCUGCGUUUGUGGUGGAAUCACUGACAGGGCUAAUUAAUGAAGCUACCAAGUUUGGUACAGAAUUGAAUACAGCAAAUUGUGAGGGGUUCCCAUUUCCAGAAACUGAAUCAGAGAUUGUCCAAAUUCCUACCAAUGAGGACAAUUUAAAUAAAAUGGCAAUAAUAAGAAUGAUUAAGAAUAAACAAGCAACCAAUAAUGACAAAGUAAGACAAGACCGAUCUGGGUUUUAUAACGAAUCAGAAUUUAAAGAGUACAGGGAAAAUCGUGCGCAAGCACUAAGUGAAUCUACUGAAGGUGUGCAACUUGUUAGUCAGAAUAUAAACAGUAUUCAACAAGAUCGUCCGACAUUUCAAUUACAAAAAGGAUCUAAACAAUCUAAGAAAUCCGUCAAAUGGGCAGAUAAUCUAGAAUGGUAAAUAGACUAAAAAAACUUUUCAAUAUACAACGUUACAUUG